AAACUUGUAGUCAGUCACCAUAAAAUUGUUAGGUACAGCAAUGGUUGACAGUAGGGAGAAGGAAGAAUUUCUUAAACCUGCAGUGGAUUUGCUACAGCUCAGCAAGACUGAUCAGGAGGAGUUUUGGUUGGGAUCCCUAUAUCAGACUUUCCUCAUCACAAGAGGUAGACGUACUUCAGAUCAGUAUCAUCAGUUCUUGUCUGGGAUAAAGCGAGUAGUAAAGACCAACAUUCUGGACUACAGCAUUGUCACUGUCAGAGAGCUACUGGACAGUCCCAGAAAUCUCACCGUGGACUGCACAGCUACCAGUAAAACUGUCAGAGAGCUAGAUAGGAAGAUUUUAUCUGGGAGAUUUGUUUUUACACCUGUGAGUCAAAAGGACCGACUAGCUGUCAUUCACCUGGAGGAUAACACAGGAUCUAUUCCCUGUCAGUUUACAGAUUUCACUAGAAGGAAGUUGAUAUAUGCCCAAAGUUUAUGGUGUAUUUUGUCGUCAUGGAGACUGGUCAGAGAAGAUCAAGGUACAAAUUACAUUGAAGUCAGGAACUUUAUCAAAGAGGAAAAUGUGGACAGGAAAAAGAAAGAAAUCAAAGUACAUGUAUUAUCAACAACUGACGUGGAAGUCAUAUUGGAAAACAAAGAUCAAUUAAAACCAGGCUGUUUAAAUAUAGUUGGAGAAGUCAGCUGUCUCAGUGAGAUUAUCAAAAUUAAAGAGGAUCUAGUAUUUUGCAUCAAACUACAGAAAAAUAUUACCGUUAUUAUUAAGUAUUAUGUUGUCACUGGGAGCAACACAAUUUCUGAAAUUUGA